AUGAAGUUCCAAUACGCCGCUCUUGCUGCUGUCUUCGCCACUGUCUGCGCUGCCCAAAACCUCAACAUCCCAACUCGAUCCGGCAAGAUCGUUUCCCUCCCCGCACCAAGCGUUAUCUCUGGAGUUCAUGAUUACGCCAACAAGGAGUUUGACCGUGGUCGUCCUUGCGACUCUGAUGAUGACACUGGAUCUGCCAACGCUGUCUUCAUCCUUAAGAACGGUGCUACUUUGAGCAACGUCAUCAUCGGAGGGAAUUCUCUUGAGGGAGUUCACUGCGAGGGUGCUUGCACUCUUAAGAACGUCUGGUUCCGCAAAGUCUGCGAAGAUGCCAUCACUCUCAAGGGUACCGGAAGCGUCUUGAUCCAAGGAGGUGGAGCUCAGGACGCCAUCGACAAGGUUGUCCAACACAACGGAAGAGGAACCGUCACCAUCAAGGACUACACCGUCGUCAACGUCGGCAAGCUCUUCCGAAGCUGCGGUAACUGCAGCAAGAACGGCGGCCCAAGAAACGUCAUUGUCCAAAACGUCAAGGCCAGGAACGUUAAGGCUGAUCUCGUCGGUAUCAACUCCAACUACGGCGAUGUCGCCAUCAUCUCUGGAUCGUGCGGAACCGGUAUCAAGCAUGUCUGCCAGGAAUUCAAGGGUAUUAUCAAGAACGGUAAACAGGAGUCUCCCAAGCUCAAGACCACCGCUAACUGCCGUGGCGCUCAGGCCAAGUCCAUCCCCGCCUGUUAA